UCAAAACAAGAUUAAUCUGUUAUAAAAAUUAAAUACCUAUCUAAGCAUUUUCAAUGAAUAAUUAACAGAAAAUAAAAAUUGAAAAAAAAUCAAAAUGCCCACUUCAACUAUUACUUGCAACAGUAUAACACAAGUGUGCAUGGAUAAGAUACUUGAUGGGGAUGAAAUAAUCAAAGAAAACUCUAAGAGAAAAAGGAGCUGUGAAGAAAUUGUUUCUGCCAAUAAUAAACGAUCAAAAACAGAAAACAAUGAUGGACAUCGAAUUUCCCAAGAUUCUACAAGCAAUGACUCUAUUGAAAAUCUUAACAUUCCAGCCAAAAAUAAUACUCUUAUUGUUUCUGAAAACAUCAAUAAUAUAUAUAAAAAUGAUGACGAGGUUGAAAAUAAACCAGUAUAUAAAAAUGGUGACCCUAUCAUUGCUGAAAUAGAUAACAAGGAUAAGCCUGGAUCAGUUAACAACAAUCAUGACAUGAUUGAUGAUUCAGAGACCAUAUCUAAUAUUAAGAAUAGCAAUAAUAUUAUCCCUGAUACAGAGAAAUGUAACAUAUGUGGCCAAUUUUUAAAUAACUCUGACUUAAUUUAUUACCAAGGUCACCCACAAGAUGCUGUUGAAGAAUAUAUUGCAUUGACUAAUGACAAACUUGUUUUGAGCUCUGGGGAAGAUGGAGACAUAAUGGAACGACCCCAAACAAAUAUAACUGGCUUUACAAUAUUUGAUGAGCAAGGACAUUUGUGUCCAAUUGAUGGUGGUUUGGUAGAAAAUGAUGUUCGAAUUUAUAUGUCUGGAUAUUUAAAGUCAAUUUGCUCUGAUUCAUCAGAGAUUGACGAAGAAUCCAUUCCAGUUAAAGAUGUAGGUCCUAUAAUAGAAUGGUUCAUACAUGGUUUCGAUGGCGGAGAUAGGAACUGUAUAACUUUAUCAACGGAAUUUGGGGAAUAUAACUUGCUCAAACCUAGCGAAGCUUAUACGCCCCUAAUGAAUAAUUUAUAUGAAAAAAUAUGGCUUAGCAAAGUAGUUGUCGAAUUCCUAGAAGAAUAUCACUACUUACAACCGAGCUAUGAAGAUUUACUUGAAGUUGUAAGAGAAUUUUCCAUUCCUGAACUAAAUAAUAAAAAGAUGACAGAAGAAAUGCUACAUAAACAUGCCCAGUUUGUUUGUGAUCAAGUAGUUAGCUUAGAAAUCGAGGAAGACGAUGAACCAUUAAUAACAUUACCUUGUAUGAGAGAACUUAUCAAAUUAAUGGGCAUAAAAUUCGGUAAACGAAAAAUACGUACCCAGAUACAAUACAAAAAAACAGAUAAAAAAGCAUGGACAAAAGCUACAACAACUCCACUUGUAAGAAAAACAUUUGAAAGUUUUUUCUCAAAUCAAUUAGACAAAACCAAUCACGAACUGGUCUUACGAAGAAAACGAUGCGGGGUUUGUGAAGCCUGUCAAUUGCCUGAUUGCGGCGAAUGUAAUGCAUGUCGUGCCAUGGCUAAAUUCGGUGGUCAUGGAAGAACUAAGAAAGCAUGCGUCCGUAGAUUAUGUCCUAAUAUGGCAGUAGAACAGGCAGAAGAUUCUGAUCCCGAUGAUGAAGAUGAGUAUCAGCAAAUAUCUGAGAAAAAACAAGACAAAAUAGAUGAUGCAGUACCAGUCAAGCUCACUGGGUCAAAUAGUAAAAAUUUAAAAUGGAUUGGUGAGCCUGUUAAAGCUGAUGCCACAAAAAUAUAUUACGAAAAAGUUGAAAUUGAUGGUGCUGAGCUCUGUAAUGGUGACUUUGUCAUGAUUGAAACUUCCCAAACAAACAUUCCUACACUGGUCGCUAAAGUUGUAUACAUGUGGAAAGAAAUCCUUAACCCGAAAUCGGGCUAUUUUCACGGAGAAGUCUUCAUACGAGCCUCAGACACAGUUUUAGGAGAAGUGAGUGACCCAAGAGAAGUAUUUUUGGGCGACAGAUGUUGCCAUGGUGCUCCGCUUUCUUCCAUAUUAAGAAAAGCGAAUAUAGAAAGGAAAGAAACGUCAGCAGAUUGGUUUAAACUUGGCGGGAAAGAAGUAGACGACGAACAUUUCGAGGAUGAUGGAAGAACUUAUUUUUAUAGCAAGUAUUACGACAGGUUCACGUCGCGUUUUGAAGAUUUACCUCCAGAUCCAGCGUGUCCAAAUGCUUUAAGAAAGCACAGAUUCUGCCCAUCUUGUGAACGUAAAACAAAACGAGAUGCAAGAAACAUUCCUAAAGUUUUUGAAAAAUUGAUUGUGAAAUCCGAAAUUGUUUCAGAACAAAACAGGUCGGAAUGGUCAUAUGUAAAAUGGCAAGACUUUGACUAUAAGAAGGGUUGUGGUGUUUUCCUAAAACCGGGAACCUUUAAACUAAAAAAUAGUAUGACAAAAGCGAACACUGUUGCCAAACCGCGGUUUGAAAAAGUCGAUGAAACUAUUUAUCCUGAAUAUUAUAGGAAGAACGAUUCCAAUACGCGUGGGUCUAAUAUUGAUACCGGGGAACCUUUUUGUGUGGGUUACAUAGCUGCCGUCACUGCCGCGAGUGAGGGACCUCUAGUUGUACCGCAAGACAUUUACCUGAAAGUGAAUGUACUGCUUAGACCUGAAAACACGAGCAGUAAAUUUCCGCAGCACGAGGACACUAAUGUUUUAUAUUGGACAAAUGAAAUAAGGGAGAUUCCAUUUUCGACCGUCGUUGGGCAUUGUCAUUUAAUUUAUGAACAAAAUGUUCCCCAAAAUAUUUCACUUCAAGAAUGGUUAGGAAGUGAUCCGUGCAGAUUCUACUUCAGAAUGGCGUAUUGUAAGUCCACGGGAGAGUUCACGGAUCUCCCGCAGAAUGCCAUCAGUGUUGGAAGAACAGAUCGUACUAAAGACAAAGGGAAGGGGAAGGGAAAAUCUACGAAAACUACUGAAACGGUUCCCGCUAAAGUUGUAGAAGAGAAAAUUAGACCGUUGCGAACUUUAGACGUGUUUGCCGGUUGUGGGGGCCUAUCAGAAGGCUUGCAUCAAGCUGGAGUUGCAGAAUGCAAGUGGGCUAUUGAAAAUGUCGAAGCUGCUUCUCAUGCUUAUUCGCUAAAUAAUAAAAGUUGUAUUGUAUUUAAUGAAGACUGUAAUGCACUUUUGAAAACUGUAAUGUCUGGUGCUAAGCACAGCGCGAAUGGACUGCGGCUCCCCAUGCAAGGAGAAGUGGAGCUUUUAUGUGGCGGGCCACCAUGUCAAGGCUUCUCCGGAAUGAAUCGUUUUAAUUCAAGAGAGUAUUCGAACUUCAAAAACUCAUUAGUUGCAUCGUAUUUAUCGUUUUGUGAUUAUUACAGACCUAAAUAUUUUAUACUGGAAAAUGUUCGUAACUUUGUGGCCUUUAAAAAAGGUAUGGUUUUGAAGCUCACUCUGCGGGCCUUGUUGGACAUGGGAUACCAGUGUACCUUUGGUAUCUUACAAGCGGGUAACUAUGGAGUUCCCCAAACUAGACGAAGGUUGAUAAUAUUGGCGGCAGCGCCGGGUUAUAAACUUCCGUUCUACCCAGAACCCACACACGUCUUCAGUAGACGUGCUUGUACAUUAACAACGACGAUUGACGGCAAAAGGUUCUCGACUAAUAUUCACUGGGACGAGUCGGCUCCAAAAAGAACGUGCACUAUUCAAGACGCCAUGAGUGAUUUACCUCAAAUAUGUAAUGGUGCUAAUAAAAUAGAAAUCGAAUAUGGCUCCAUGCCAGAAAGUCAUUUCCAGAGAUUAGUGCGAAGCAACGAUGAGAAUUCUAAACUACGAGAUCACAUCUGUAAAAACAUGGCGCCAUUGAUUCAAGCUAGGAUCAGCAGGAUACCUACAACACCGGGCUCCGACUGGAGAGAUCUACCCAACAUAUCGGUUACUCUCUCCGAUGGCACUAAGUGCAAGGUUCUACAGUAUCGCUACGACGACAAGCGCAACGGGCGGUCGAGCAGCGGCGCAGUGCGCGGCGUGUGCGCGUGCGCGAGCGGCCGCGCCUGCUCGCCGCUGGACAAGCAGGAGAACACGCUCAUCCCGUGGUGUCUGCCGCACACCGGCAACAGGCACAACCACUGGGCCGGGCUCUACGGUCGGCUAUCGUGGGGCGGGUACUUCAGCACGACGGUGACGGAUCCCGAACCGAUGGGCAAGCAAGGCCGGGUGCUCCACCCCGACCAGCACCGAGUCGUCUCCGUGCGAGAGUGCGCGCGCUCGCAGGGCUUCCCUGAUACAUAUCUCUUCGCAGGCUCCGUACAGGAUAAACAUCGACAGAUCGGAAAUGCAGUUCCACCACCUCUUGGCGCCGCUCUGGGUAGAGAAAUAAAGAAAGCGCUUACUCUCAGCCUGACCACAUCAUGACAUAACGUUUGUUUUGUUAUGUUUAACAUUCAUUAUUACACAUCAAAUACAAGGAAAUUUGACAAAAAUAUUUGUAGAUGCAAAUCGUUAUGAUGCAUUUAGCUUUAAUUUUCAAAUGUAACAUUAACAUUAAAACCUGUGAACCUCUGACAAUAACUAAUAAAAUUGUGUAC